AUGGGCCAGCUCAUGGCCCUCAAGUGGCGGCACGCGGGGCAGGCGUGUAUCUCGUCUAACAGGCUAUACGUGCAGCGCGGCGUGCACGACCACCUCGUCGAGGAGCUCGUGGCGCAGACGUCGAAGCUCAAGGUCGGCCACGGCAUGGCCGAGGGCACGACUAUAGGGCCCAUCACGACACCGCGGUCGCUCGAUAAGGCCGAGGACAUAGUUAAGGACGCGCUAGCGUUACCGACGAUAUACUUAUAA